GAUUUUUGAUUUCUUCAAGUUGGCAUGUCGUUUUUAAUAAUUUUUGCUGAUUACUCAAUGUGUAUUAAUAAUUGAAUAAUAUUGCAUUAAUUGCGUUGUAUUAAAUUACACAAUAAACUCAAACACAUAAAUUAAACGUAUUGAUUAUUUACUUUGCAUUAGUAAUAAAAAAAUUUUUAUUAAACAAUGUUGAGAAUAAGUUCAAAAAUUAUACGUGCUGGUAUGGAGGUGAGAGCAUUUUCAAGUGCAGCAACAUCACCAGCAUUCAAAGUACAAGACAACAAAGAUUUUAUUGAACGUGUUAAAAAUUCAAAAGUUCCAGUAAUCAUUGAUUUUUUUGCUACAUGGUGUAAUCCUUGUCGUGCAUUGACACCACGUUUAGAGUCAGUAAUUGCUGAAAAACAAGGAAAAAUUUUACUUGCAAAAGUUGAUAUUGAUGAACAUACUGAUCUUGCUCUUGAUUACAAGGUUGAAUCUGUUCCAGUUUUAAUUGCCAUGAAAGAUGGUAAAGUUUUAGAUAGAAUUGUUGGAUUACAAGAUACUGACAAACUUCGUACAUUUGUCAAUAAAUAUGCUGAUCCUUAAAUAACUAAAAUUAAUUGUUUUUUUUAUUCAAUAAAAUAAUUUAAUAAUUAACUAGUAAAUUAUUAAUAAACAAUUAACUGUUUCAAUAAAAAAAAAAGUUUAUUUUGUUUGACGUAUAUUUAACUUUGCUGAUUAUUCAAAGUAUUUUUUUUUUUUUUUUUUUUGAUCCACAAAUUAACAAUUGGUAUAUAAGACGUUGAUUGUUUUUAAUUGUUUUUUUUUUUUAAUUAAUGUUAAAUCCAAAAUUACUACGGAUUUAAUGAGUUAUUAUUUGAUAAUUAUUUAUUAAUUUUUUUAUGUUUCUGUUGGUAAUGCUUGUAAUAAUUCUCUAGCACGUAUGUAUUCAACAGUUUCUUCAGCAUCUUCUGAUUCUUCAACAUUUUUUUCAUGUUUUUUAAUAACACUCAUUGCUUUUUUUAAUAAUGUUUCUCUUGCCAUGCCUUUGCAUCCUUCAAAAUACUCCAAUACUGUUGGAAAUAGUGUUUUUGGAACGGAAUUUUCAUCAAGAAGAUUCUCCAUUAGCCAAAUUUGUUUGAGUUUUUCAAAUUUCCAGGUAUUCUUUGAGUGUUUCCACUGUUGAAAAAAAAAAAAACAAUGUAAUUAAUUAAAUAAAAAUUAACUAUAAAAAGUAUAUCUAUUAAUUUAUUCUUACAAUUGAUACGUAUUCUAAGGCUUUGGACAUUGUAUCAAGUCUACUAGCUUCUUUUUUAUCAAGCUCUUGUUGCUCAAAUCUUUGUUUUUUUAAUAAUCUUUUUGAUGGUGGUUUUGGUUUUUUAACAUCAUCAUUGGUAUCAUCAAAUUGUUCAUUUUCAUUAUCUUCUUCUUCUUCUUCUUUUGGUGUUUCUUCUUCAGCACUGUUUUUUUUACUAACAAAAAAAAAAUAUAAAAUUUAAUAAUUUAUUUUAUUUUUACAUUAAAUGAAAAAAGAAUCAACAAACCUUUUUCCUUUUUUUAAUUUUUUUGGUGGACUUGUAUCAGCAAUGAUAUCAUCAUUUGAUUUUGAUUUUCUUUUUACUUUCUUUGACAUUGAUUUACUUUCAACUUGAGCUAUUUCUUUUUCUUCAUCAAUGAUUUUAGCUUUUUUAUUUUUUUUAGAUGUUUUUUCAAUUUUAACAUCUGACUGAAUAGUAAGAUUGGUACUUGAAUUUUUAGCCAUUUCUAAAAAUAAUAUAAAUUCAUUAAAUCAUAGCUUCAUAUAGAUAUUUAUAAAAAAAAAUUAAAUAAAUUUAUUUAUUUAUUUUAAGCAUAAACACAACAAUUUACCUGUAAUCAAUUGUUUUUUUUUAAUUUCACCGCUCUGUUCAACGUGUUGGAUUUAACCUCAAAUUUGUAAACAAAUAAAUUUUUAAAUAAUAUUACAACAUAAAUAAAUAUCACAAUCAAAAUAAUAAUUUUAUUGACACAAUAUUUAAUUGAAUAUUUUAAUUAUUUAUUAAAUAACAAUUGUCACGUAUUUUUAAUAAAAUUAUUUGACAAGAGACACGCGUUUUUAAUCUAGAAUUAUUAUUUUAUUUUUUUUUAUUUUUUUUAUUAAAUUUUGUUUGGUUUGAAACAGUUUGAAAUGAGUUCGAAGAAAAAAAAAAUCAAUCAAUUAUACCAACAUGACGAAGUUGGUAAGACUGAUUUCCACCAGCCUGAAGAUGUCAUCAAGAAACAGCUGGUGGUGAAUUGUUGAAGAGACAUUUCCAAUAUUUUCCAAUAUAAUUUUUGAUUAUUUGUUUUUCCAUCAAUAAUAUAAACUUAUUUGAGUAAGU